AUGAAUUUUCUCCAUAUUGUUGACAGACUGCAUAUGUCAGAAGAAGAAACUCAAAUUUUGCAAACUCUUAAGGAUGCUUAUAAAGAAGCUGACUUCCCAAUUUUUGAAAAUUUAGAGUCUAAGCCAAUUAGUAGGGUUAGGCAUGUGAGUUCAGCCAAAAAAUUCAUCAUUUUGUGUGAAAGAGGCUUUAUUAAUAGCAGAAGAAACCCAGGAGCCUCACAGGCAUGAAUAAGCUUAUUAAUCAUAAUUUGAAUUGUGACAGACCUUCUGUUCCAUGACCUAGGGAAUAGCUUUACCUCUAUUCAAAAUAUCAAUGGUAUCUUAUUUUUCAUCACAAUUGUAGCGGUUAUGAAUGGAAAUUCGUCGUCUUCUAUGGGAAUUCCUUGUGAGCGCCCAAUUUAUGUGAAAGAAUAUAGCCAAGGAGUUUAUGGGACUUUGACUUAUGUGGCAGCCAAAAUGGCAUCGGAGUUUCCUUUACAAGUCUUGGCUGCUAUAGUGACUUCUGCAAUGGUUUAUUUUCCAGUAGGGUUAUAUAAUGGUGCAGGCAAUUUUUUUGUGUUUUUUGCUGUUUUUUUGUUGUCGUAUCUGAUGGGAAGCGGGCUUGGACAUAUUAUAGGCGCUUUGUGUAAAACUGAGGAGUUAGCUUUUGGAUUAUCACAGAUGUUCAUUGCGCCGUUAAUAACUUAUGGCGGCCUAGUUGUCAAUGUGAAUCGAUUAAACUCAGCAUUUUCUUGAAUUAGAUAUAUAACACCUUAUUUUUAUGCAUUUGGGGCACUAAGUGUAAAUCAAUACAAAGAUAUGGAAUUUGACUGCGAUCCUGAUGGGCCAGAAUGUGAUCCUCUUAAUCAGUUAGGAUUUGAUAGCCAAAUUCAAGCCUAUAUACUUCCAAUCAUUUUGUAUGUUAUUAUUACUAGAAUUAUUGCGUAUUGGAUAUUAAAGCUGCUUGGGAUGAAGGCUAAAUAG